AUGGGUCAAUACUGGCUGGUAGCUUGCCCUUCUAAACGCGACUACACUGCAAAAGUAUUUGGUAGAAAGUUGUCGGAAAUGCUUUUUUCUUCCUGGCCAGACAUACUCAGCGACCUUAUUAAAGAAGACUGGGCUCGCGCUCCACUUAUCUGUAUUGGUGAUUGCUUGAAUCCGAAGGAUCUCCCGGACGCAAUGCAAGAACACAACCACCCUCUCACCUCCGCAAAACUCAAUACAAUGUCGAGCGAUCUACGGUUUGAUAUAGUUGAGCGGGAGUUUGGGUUUUGGUCUUACAUGGAAGAAAAAAAGGAUCAAGCAGAAACGGCCACUCAUUCCAGAAAUCGAGUGCUGAGAAACUUGACUACCCAGGAAUACGUCCUUGAAACCAACCUCAAAUCUGGAAUAACUAUCGGUCAUCUCGUUCUUAUGCGAAUUUGUUGGUCGUCCGACAGUUCGACAAGUAUUCAAGGUGGUGCAUAUCUCGCUCGUGGCGGUUUGGCAGGCCACAAGUUCGAUAUUGUUGAUGCGGGGAUGCUUGAAAAUUUGAAUGCGAGACAAUGGCAGGACGUUUCACGGGAUGUCUGGGAUGAGGUGGAGUUUCUGUGGUCGAACAAUUUCGGAGAAGGCUGGGAAACUGAAUGGAAGGGUUGA